AUGCACAUGGCAACGCGACGCAACGAUACGCUUCGGUCGUCAUUGAAGCUGGCUCCACCUCUCGUCCACCAUCGUGCCAGGGAUACGUUUCACUGGGGCAACGCGCUCACCCGCAUCGUUCAAGACCCAACGACAUCGCUGCGUUCCUGGAUCACCUUGCCGCUUUUACGAUCACGACCGCCUGCUCCGGUCGUUCGGUCGAUCGACUCACGGUCAAACUUACGAUCCUCCUCCAUCAUGAGCAGCCCACCAUCCAAGAUCGACGACAAGGCGGUCGCAGACGAGGUUCCACAGCCUACCGCUGCUUCUGACGCCGCUUCCCCAACAACCACCGAGAAAGACGCCGUCGACACUUCGUCUCUUCAACUACCCUCGACAACAUCUUUCAAGAGGGGACAUGCUCCCAAACCGAGUGUCGGAAUUGCCGCUUCCCUCUUCGGCUCUGCCGGCGACGAUGACCCUUUCUCCAGCAUCGCCGCCUCCAACGGCACCAGCUCUCUCGGACAGCUCACCGAAGCUGAAGAGGAGCCGGACCUCUUCGGUUCGUCCAGUGCAGGCAACACUCACGGCGAUUUGAAAGGCUCGGCUUCAGCUGCUGAUCCAGUCACAUCCCUCUUCGGAAGCGAGUCCGCAUCGUCAGGCCUUGCUCAGCCGUCGGCGAAUCCUGCGGCUCUCCCACCUGCGACAGAUGGAUUGACAGUGCCCGGCACCGACGGAAAGGCAAGCGCUCAUUCAUCAGGCCCAGCAUCGCCAGGAGGUCUGUUUGGCGACUCGAGCUACCAGGACGAUUGGCUCGCCCAGGGAGCCGAGCAACAUGGCCAAGCAGCAGCUGCACACGUCAACGAAGACGGCACAUCUUCUCAUCCAGCCGAUCCAUUCGCUGCAGAGGCCGGUGGUCAAGGCUCCCUAUCAUGGCCGAAUCAGGGGGAAAAUCAGGCUGCCAACGAACCUUUUGCAGAGACCCAGUACGAUGCUUACGGUCGGCCCAUUGCAAGUGCUGGCUCCGAAAUUGUUGGCCACGAGCAAGAAUCUUAUGAUCAGCAGCAACAGUAUCAUCAAGGCUAUGACUACGACCAACAGCAGCAAGCCUACAGCUACGACCAGCAACAUCCAGGGUACGACUACUCACAACAUCAGCAGAAUUACGAUCAGCAAUCCGGCUACGACUAUCAGCAGCAGGGGUACGAUGAGCAGCAGGUUUAUGGUCAGCAGCAAGGGUACGAUCAACAGCAAAGCUACGAUCAACAGCAAAGCUACGAUCAGCAACAGAGCUACGAUCAGCAGCCAAGCUACGACCCGCAGAAUCACAGCCAGCAGGGGUACGAUCAGCAAGGCUAUGACCAGCAAGGCUACGGUCAGCAAAGCUACAAUCAACAGGGCUACGAUCAGCAUGGCUACGAUCAGCAGGAACACGCUCAGCAGCAUUUCGCACAUCAAGAUUACUCGCAGUCAGGCUACGGGCAGCAACAGGAUACUCAUGCCGAUCAAUACGGCUACGACCAGUCAGGCAAUGGAAAUAUCGCCAGUUACGCUGCAGCGGAUCCUUACGCGGCUGCUCCGUCUGCCGACGAUGCAAGAGAAAUGGCUCAGCAAGGCUACGACGCUAAUGCGUACGCAGCCAAUCCUGCCUACCAAGCGAGCACGGACGCCUCUGCCACAUAUGCAGGCUACGACGAGGGCCAGAGCUACGCAUACGAUGCCUCUGCAGGCGAACAGGCGUACGAUACAGCUGCAACUGCUGGGCAAAGCUCGCAGGACCAAUACAGCGCUGAUCCGUAUUCAACGUACGGCAGCGACAACUACGCUCAGCAGCCCUCGGCAACUGAUCCCUACUCGCAACAGCAAAGUGAUGCCUACAAUCCAUACGCACCAUCUCAGCAGCCUCAGCAGUCGCAGCAACAGGGACACUCAGGCCAAGACUACUCACACGACGCCGGCUACGGGCAAACCAACGGAUCGAGCCUCAGCGCUGGUGCAUACGGCGAUCUGCAAGGCGCAAAUGUACACCAAAGCCAUCAGAGUCUUGCGCGUGCACCGAGCCCGUACGAUCCACCUGCCACCACGGCCAGCCCUGCUGCACCUUCGUCCUCGACUGCCACAGCUAGCAGCCUUCCACCGCCUCCCAAGGGUCCACCGCAGGGACCGCCUCGCGGUCCUCCCAGAGGCCCCUCCCGCUCCGCUUCGCGCAAUGCUCAUGCUGCGACUAGUUCUGCUUCGUCCGCCACUCUGGAGGCUCCGCCAAUGCCGACGCGCUCUUCGUCGGCCGUCUCGCUAGAGGAGGAAAGCCAGCAAGACCUGGCAUCUGCGCCGUCGAACGGUGUCCAAACACCUCAGAAACGAGCACAAGCCUUGCUAGGAUCCACAGACACCCCACCAGCCACGUACAAAGCCCCGCCUUCUGCAUGGGUCGACUCGCUCGAGCAGGCAGCAGCUACGCCUCCUGCAUUGAAUGCUGGAGACGAGUCUUUGCCCACACUCACUGUCACGGACGAAUCAGAGCAUGGCAACGGCUAUGACGCAGAGGCUGCAGACGAGGUCGAGACCUCGAUGCGCGAGGUGGAACACCAACUCUCUGGCGAUCAGCCGCACGAUGCCGUCGACGAGGCGGCCAAUGCGUUUGGCGAUCUGAACCUUUAUCAGGAUCAGCAGAACGAGGAAAUGCCAAGCUCGCAUGCCGAGAUCGGCUAUGCAGCAGAAGAAGACGGAUCCACUCCACAAGCGGCGGACCACGCCGGGUCGCAUGGCCCAGGCUAUGGAGAUGCCGAGACUGGUCAGUACGACGCAGAAGGUGGCUACGACUACGAUCAGACCGAUGCUGCCCGCGAGAGCUCCAACUGGAACAGCUGGGACGAAGAAGGUGGCGAACAGGCACCCGCAACGACUGAAUACAAUCCUUACUCGCUCAGUCACGAGUCUACUCAGCAGGCCUAUAGCUCCGCACAACACGCCAACGAGGAUCCUUACGCGCUUUCGACCGAAGCCUACGGACCGCCCCAGACCUUUGCAGCCUCAGCGCCCGGCGAAGACGAUCCUCAGGCAAGGACGCCCCUUGCCGCUCACGGUGAGCAAGGCAGCUGGCUCGGUGCCAACUCGUCGACGAUUGGCAACGAUACUGUGCAGGAUCCAUACAGUCCCUCCGCGGUCUCGAACAGUACCUUUGGAAACAAUCAACACCAGCAACCCAUGUACGGGGGCUAUGGCCCGCCUCCAGUCAGUGAUCGCUCUGCCGAUCCAUACGAUGCAGCCAACGGCCAUGCACACGUUGAACGAGGGGUUGAGGCCGGCACGUCGGACACCCUCGGACAGACUCAAUAUAUCGAUGACCAGUCCGCAGAGGCCAACUACUUUGACGAAAACAAGCGCGCAAUCUCACCGCAGCAGUACGGCAACGUCAACGCGUACGGCGCACCUCCCUCGCCUUAUGCGCCGCAUGAUCAGUACGCCUCCAGCACAGCAGGAACAGGACAAGUAGCGCCCAGUGCUGCGAGCGACGCACGCUCCCAAUCUGCAUCAGAAGCGAGCGCAGACAUGCUCGAAACGAGGCGCGGUGCAACCAUUCCGAUCGCCAGCUUCGGCAUCGGAGGCAAGCUCGUCAGCUACUUUCCCACCUCGCGCGGCUCUUCCGACGCACAGGGAGCCAACGGCGCCAGCGGCUCCGGCAACGCGUAUGGAUCCUACUCGUACAAUGCCUCGAGUUACCCAACCCAGAUCAACGUACAGGCGCUCUCAUCGCUGGUGCCGUCGUCAGCAUACGCAUCGGCCUUUGAUCCGCUGACGUUUCCAGGUCCUGUCUUCGAAGGAGCUGCUGGGACCAAUGUGCUGUCGAGGGCCACGGGCGCUGCAGCCUCCGGUAAGAGCAAGAAGGCGGCGGUGAUCAAGCAUCUCGACGAGCGCGUUCAGGACCUUUCUGCUGGUGUCGGAUACCUACGACGACGCCCCUCCUUCUCGACGUCGUCCACGGGCUUCAACAAAGGAGCUGCGGUCGAACAGGAUGGAGAGCUCGAAGCUCGCAGGACCGAGGACAAGGUGCUGCUCCUGCGGCUGCUGAGACUGCUCGUCGAAAAUGACGGCCAGACGAGCUCAGCCGCUUUCGAGCAAGGAGUCAGAUCUCUGAUUGUUGCACCCGAGACGCGCGAAACCGCAUCCUCGGGAGCCUUCGCCAUGUCGGUGACCUCCGCGACACCAGACGGCGGUGCAGAGGGCGAUGUCGUCACCUCGCACGAGCUACGCACCGGCUUCUUGCAAAAGGUGCAAGGCAUGCUGCUGCGCGGCGAACGGAGGGAAGCUGUCGAGUACGCCGUCGCUCAAAAGAUGUGGGCGCACGCUAUGACCAUCGCCAGCUGCGUCGACAAGGAUUGUUGGAAGCAGGUCGUCAGCGAAUUUAUCGAGAACGAAGUGGGCGCUGCAGAAAUAUCGCUCGUCAACCAAGGCCAGGGAGAUCUGCAGGGGCUCAAGGUGGCGUACAACGUCUUUUCAGGUCAGGACCCGGCAUCGAUCUUUGAUCUCUUCCGGACCAAGACGCAGCUCGGUCAGAUGGGCGCUUUGCAGCCAACGCCGGUCGACUCGAACACGACAUCCGCGGUACUUCCCAGCUGGAAGGAGUCCGCUGCGAUCGUAGCGAGCAAUCGCAGUGCCAGCGACUCGGCAGCCUUGACGGCCAUCGGUGACGGCCUCUGCACGCGUGGGCUGAUCGAGGCAGCGCAUUUCUGCUAUCUGCUGUCGCCUCAGACGUCGCCGAUCGGUGGUGCGGACACGAACGGCGCGCGCUUCACCCUGCUGGGGUUGUCGAGCCCCAAGACAUCUGCCGCCUUCGCGCAGGACCUCGACAGCAUCUUAAUGUCCGAGGUGCUCGAAUUUGCUCAGGGACUGGUGCCGACUGUGAAAGGCCAAGAGCCCUUCCCUGGCAUCGCUCACUUGCAGGCCUACAAGCUCGUGCAUGCUCAGCAGCUUGCUGAUCUCGGCGAGGUGGGCAAGGCGCAGCGAUACUGCGAAGCGAUUGCGCAGUGUCUAAAGCAGAGCAAAGCUUCCCCCUACCUCCACUCGACUUUGCUAUCGCAGUCCAAGCAGCUUUCCGACCGGCUCGUCGGCGCACCGCAAGCGGGUCCCGGGGGCAACUGGGUGACGCGCAAGAUGCAGAGGCCCACGCUGGACGGUGUCUGGGGCGCGCUGGAGGGCCGCUUCACCAAGUUCAUCGCCGGAGAGGAGGGAGCCGCGGACGCCGACUCGCCCAACAAGAACAGCAAGGGCUCCGUGUCGUCGAGUCUCGGUCCCUUCUCGCACUACAGCGCCAUCACUCCGGAUGCGGCGUCGGGUGGCAUGACGAGGCAGCCAUCGUUCAACGAGCUCAGGACGGGAUCGCCUAGCGUGCCGACAUCGCGCUCUGGUUCGGCGAUGGACUUCCGCAAUGCCACCAAACGUGCCGCUUCGCCAAAGCAUCGCGCUUCUACGGCGCUUUCGAUGCGACCGCUCAACUCGGACCCGUACAGUGACUGGCCACAGCCGAGGCCAGCGGGCAAUGCCAAUGGCAGCGAAGCGGCAAGCAACCACGACCGUGACAGUGUCAGGUCAAGCUCUGAGGCGGCUCGGUCAUCGCACGGCUACGGUGCGGGUCUCCAUGCUGGCUCUGCUUACGGCGCGGGCCACAAUGCCCAGGCCUCAGCAUUUUCGGCCGCAUCGUCGACGUACGGCGGCGCGGGCGAGACGAGCUUUGCUGCUGACACUCCGCCGUGGCAUGGCAGCGUCGGGCAGGGCACAUACGAUGCAGACAGCUCUCGGCGUCCCAGCACCGACGCUGGAGGUGCAGCGGCUGGGUCCGAGUCGGCUUAUGGGGGCUACGGUGACUACGGUGGCUAUGGCAGCAGCAGCUACGGUGGAUACGGCGGCACGUACGGAGACGAUUCGCAGGUCGCAGAGACGGGUGCCGAAGAUGCAGGCGAUGCGAACGGCUACGCAGCUCCUUCUCACGGAGCUACUCCGUUCUACGGCUACGAUCCGCAUGGAGCCCAAAAGCCGCAGUUUGUCAGCAACGUUGGUGGCGGAGACGCUCUUGAGGGCGGCGACGAAGGUGGCUUUGUCUCGCCAUUCGAUGCACUUUCGUCCAACAGCCGAACGCCGCAGCCGCAGUCGCAAAGCAACCAGUACGCACCGUCCUACGGUCGCAAUGAUGGCGUCCAGGAGGACGAGGAAGACGACGACGAUCUCGGACUCGGCAAUUCGAGCAGUCGCAGAGCGACGGGCAACGCAGCGGAUGGACCACAAUCCGAGGUAGGCGAUGCAUCGCGCAGAGACAGCGUCGCGAGCUCGUCUGCUGCUGCAAAUACGUCCAGGCAAAGUGACGCCGAUAGCAAGAAAGACGACUCGGCCAGCAAUGCGGGAGGAGGCGGCGACGAAAAGAGGCAGGAGCUCAAGCCGUCUGCGUCGUGGUUUGGUCGGAUCUGGGGCCGCAGUCCGAGCACGGACAGCGCGGCUCAGCAGGCGCAGGCCAAGGCGAAGAAGGCGCACCUGGGCGAAGAGACAAGCUUCGUGUACGACAAGGAGCUCAAGCGCUGGGUCAACAAGAAAGUGGGUGACAGCGGCGGCGCAGCUAGCACGCCGCCACCCCCGCCUCCGCGAGCCCAAUCGGCCAGCCCAGCCUCGCAGCCGGAUCGCAGCGCGGGAGCGUCGAGUGCCCCACCCAUGCGCGGCUCUUCAUCGGGCAGCUACACGAUGGGACGAGCGACGCCUCCGAUCAGCGAAGACAACGACGAAGGCAGUUCUGGACUGGCACCGAGCCGCGGACCGCCUGGAAUGGGAAGCCUGAACAGGGCGAGGAGCAACCUUGCGGAUCACUCGAUGCCACCUGCCUCGCAGCCGCCGAUGGGUGGUGCAGCGCCGCCAGGAAGAGGGUCAGGGUCGUCGACGCCGGCAGGAUCCAGCUUUGGUGGUCCUCCGCCGCCGCCGGGAGGGGCCAAGACGGGCACGGUCAAGAAGAGGCCGAUCAAGAGUCGAUACGUCGUAGUGGAUUGA